AAGAAGACCCUAAGUGUUGUGUAUAAAAUCACAAUACUUUGAACGUUAAACCAACAACAAAACAAUGGUCUUCCCGGAUCCUCUUUUACAUGUCGAUUAUUCCGCCAUCAUGGCUAGAGAUGAUGAAAAGCUCCACAUAGUAAUAUUUCCAUGGCUGGCCUUUGGGCACAUCAUCCCAAACCUAGAGCUCGCCAAACACAUAGCUCAAAAGGGUCACAAAGUCAGCUUCGUCUCAACAACAAGGAACAUAGAACGCCUCCCAAAACCGCCGCCAAACUUAGCUUCACUCAUCACAUACGUGAAGCUCCCACUACCAAAAGUGGACAACCUCCCGAAAAAUGCAGAGGCCACCGCGGACGUCCCAUACGACGUCGUUCAGUACCUCAAGAAAGCCUACGACGCACUCCAACACCCCUUCUCCCACUAUCUGGAAUCUUCCAACGCGGAUUGGAUCUUCUACGACUUCGCUGCCUUCUGGGUGCCCUCUCUUGCUUCCAGAUUCGGCAUGAAAACCGUUUUCUAUAGCAUUUUCACACCGCCGUUUAUGGCUUUUAUGGGCCCUGCAUCAUAUAUGAUUGAUAACGAUCCCAUCAGGACCAAACCCGAGAACUUCACGGUCCCGCCUCCUUGGGUCCCUUUCUCCUCCACCGUGGCAUUCCAUUACUACGAGAUCAUGAGGAUCGUUGACUCCGUCUCCGACAACGACUCCGGCACCUCCGACACCUACCGCCUCGGCGCCAGCAUCGAGAACUGCGAUCUCGUUGCUGUUAGAGGCUGCACCGAGCUUGAACCCGAGUGGUUCCAAGUUCUCAGAGAUAUUUACCGGAAGCCGGUUCUCCCGGUUGGUCAACUCCCAAGCUCGGGUUUCAACGGCGGCGAUGAGAACGAGAACGACACGUGGCGAGGGAUAAAGGAGUGGCUGGACAAGCAGGCGCAUGGGAGAGUAGUGUACGUGGCAUUCGGGAGCGAAGCGAAGCCGAGGCAAGAGGAAGUGAACGAGAUCGCUCUUGGAUUGGAGAAAUCAGAGCUUCCGUUCUUUUGGGUGCUUAGGGUUCGGCGGGGAGCUUCCGACACGGAGGUUCUGAAACUGCCGGAGGGGUUCGAAGAGCGAACGAAGGGGAGGGGAGUGGUGUGGAGGGGUUGGGCGCCGCAGUUGAAGAUAUUGGGGCAUGGAAGUGUUGGUGGGUUCUUGAGUCACUCUGGUUGGACUUCAGUGGUUGAGGCAGUUCAGAACGAAACACCGCUGGUGUUGCUUACGUUUCUUGCGGACCAAGGGAUCAACGCCAGGGUGCUUGAGGAGAGGAAGAUAGGUUACCCUGUGCCCCGAGACAAGUUAAACGGGUCGUUCACGAGUGACUCGGUUGCUCGUUCGGUGAGGCUGGUUGUGCUUGACGAUGGUGGAAGGGUUUAUAGGGACAAUAUUAAAGAGGUUAAGAACUUGUUUCUCAAUAAUCAAAGACAGCAAAAGUACAUCCACCAAUUACUAUGCCACCUUCGUAGUCGUAGCCACCCGAAAAAGGGGGAACGCGUAUUUCGAGAUUGAAUCUCAUCAUUAUUAUAUGUUGCUCUAGUUUGAGGGAAAAGUUAGGAAAAUUUUCACAUGUAUCACCCACUUUAUUGGUAUAGCAUAAUAACAUGUACGGAUUGAUGGCCAGUAAAAUUUUUGUCCUCUUGCAUGGUAUAUAUUGAGUAAAGAUCUAUAAAAGGGCAAAAAAAGGACGGCUAAGGUUAAUAAA